AUGCCCAGACAGCCCCCGAUCGCCAGGAUAGGCGCCGGAAGGUUCUCGACAGUCUUCAAAGUUGAGGACCAUCUUCAUCGUGGUGGAGGAGGGAUAGCAGAGAAGAAGAUCCACACCAGUACCUCGGGCUUGGGGAUCCAGUCUCUGAAAGGGGCCUUGCGAGAGCUCUUCACGCUUCGACUUCUCUCCCAUCACCCCAACAUCGUCGAUAUCAUCAGCCAUCGAUUCGAAGGGCACUGCCUAGUCCUCCAACUACGGCUCUACGACAUGGAUCUUGACCAACUACUCAACCGCAAGCCACCUCUACCGUCGUUGCUGAUCAAACUUAUCUAUCGAGAGGUCCUCACUGGGCUGUCCUGCGUCCAUGAUGCCGGUAUGAUGCAUCGAGACUUGAAGCCUGGGAAUGUCCUCGUGGAUAGGGACGGUCGAGUGGUCAUUUGCGACUUUGGUUUGGCGAGAGCGUCGGGGGAAGAGAAGGAAUGCAUUCCGCCGAUAACUCGAGAAGUGGCCACACGAUGGUAUCAGUCUCCCGAGAUCCUACUCGGCACGGAGAUUCAAACAUCGAGUUGUGACAUGUGGGCAGCAGCGUGCAUACUUUGCGAGAUGUAUCUAGGUCAGCCACUCAUCGCUGGACAGACGGAUAUACAGCAACUCUUUUUGCUCUACAAGCGUUUCGGUGGAAGCCCUUUGGUGGUCCCUCUGAAAGAUCGGACUGCUGACCUCCUUGGCGAGGAGCUCCGAUAUUGGCCCGCCGCCACGCUCUUGCCAGACUAUGGUAAAAUCCCUCGGUUGCCCCCUGCCGCCCUUCCGAUGCUGGCUGGGACCUUCCGAUACGACCCCCGACUUCGAUUCACUCAUGCACGACAAAUGCUGGAGAGUGAAUUCUUAAAGGACUGUCACGAGAGAAUCGGCACGGCUCUGGCUGACUACUUGUGA